AUGCCGAGGACUAGUUUCCCUGUAGCUCCAGUGCUGAUUGCUGUGCUUCUGGCGCUAGUCUGCCGGCGGGCAGCGACUGCGAGCAGCUAUGGCACAGACCGCAUCGAGCGGCUGCCCGGACAGCCGGCGGACUUCCCGAUGUACUCAUGGUACGUCACGGUGGAGGAGACGGCCGGGCGGGCGCGCGCUGUUCUACUGGCUCCAGGAGGUGCCGCCGGAGGCCCAGCCGGCGCCUCUCGUGCUGUGGGCCUGUGGCUGAACGGCGGGCCAGGGUGCUCGUCGGUGGCGUACGGCGCCUCCGAGGAGCGGGGCGCGUUCCGCAUCCGGCCCGACGGCGCAACGCUCUUCCUCAACGAGUACAGGUUGAACAGAGCGGCUAAUAUACUGUUCCUGGACUCGCCGGCCGGCGUGGGGUUCUCCUACACCGACACCACCGCCGACCUUUACACCUCUGGCGACAACAGAACAGCUCAUGAAGUGUUAGAUAACUAG